GACCUCAGCAACAGCAACCUACACAGCACAGCCACAGGAGCAACUGUGAUCUACAGACUCUACCCGUGCCAUUUGGAAUAUCUUUACAGCACCAGGAGAUCCUGAGAUGGCUCUGAUUCUGCACACAGUGCUGGCUCUCACUCUCACGCUCACCUGUCUGCAGGAAGGGUGGGGUCUCCCUCUCUCGGGACAGCGGGAGGUGAGUGCUGACUCCCCUCACCAUGGUAACGCUGGGCCUCCCCGCGUGAGAACCAAGCGCUGCGCCUGCAGCAACCAGCAGGACUCAGAGUGCCACUACUUCUGCCACCUGGAUAUCAUCUGGGUCAACACGCCCAGUAAGAUGACGGUUUACGGUUUGGGGAGUCCUAUAUCUCGACGUCGCCGCUCAACUGGAAGAUGUGCGUGUGCCAGCGCGGCCGACCUCACCUGCAACUCCUUCUGCCACAACAGCUCCCAGAAUCCCGCUCUGGCCCUGCAGAACCCCGCCCCUCCGUCCCAGCGUUCCAACCUGCUGACCUCCCUCCGGUGGGCAGUUGGAGCGAACCUCCUGGCGGUCCGGCUGGGCGUGCCCCCCAGGGAGAAGCCGUCCCUCCCCCACGGGCCCCAGAACAGAUGAGCUGGGACCGCGUGAGACGCGCGAGCACCCGAACAAGAGGGGGUGAGGAGGGGACCCCGAACCCCGCCGGGCCCACCGAACAAACACAGACCCAGGGAGACCACACCGCAGAGGGGGGCUGCUACCCCCUGCCUCGCCCACCCCGCCCGGCACCCAGGCCAUCCAGAGACCCCAUCCAGAAGUGUCCUGCCUCCGACCUGACCAACUCUGAGAGUCGGAUUCCCAAAAUGGAUUCCCAUCCCGCCGUAGCCGUCUUCUGGAAAACUGGGACUGGACGAGACUGUCCGUGUGUGCAAAGGGGGAUUGGGAGGGUGGGGCGCUGGCCACCCAAAGCCCAGUGAGCAAAAAC